AUGGCGUAUACAGCUCUUCAAGUGUCGCCCAAUGAACAGAAAAACUUAACGCAACGUCGUCGUAAAGCAGUCGACUCCCGUUGCCACAGCCGAAGCGAAAUCGAAGCAGUCGUCGUCGAUGCAGCAACGACGGUGGACGAGGAGGAAGAGGAGGCACAGCCGCUGGACGACGUUGUUCCCCACACACCACUUGAUGCCAGUUACGACGAGAACAGAUGGAUGGCAAAUCAGAAUCGGAUAGAGUCACAGACGUUGAUCCACAUCACACCAUGA